GACCAAAAAAAAAAAAAGGGAAGCAGAGAACUUAUUUUAGGACCGAGUUUGACCUGAUCAGACCAAGAGACUCUUGUCGGCAACGAAUCGUACCAGAAAAUGGUCGGCGGCAGCUUGAAUGAUUCAUACAAGAUUUCAAGGUUUGCUCAUAUAAACAAUACCGCCAUCGUGAGUAUGUAAGCCUUGCCUCAGCGUGUUGUACUUUGGUUCAACCACACGUGGAAGUUGCAGAAAUCCAGGAAAUGAAAUGACCCAAGUUAAAGUAUUACUACACUAUCUUUUCUAUUGCCGGCGACACACCAUUAUCCCAUAAGUUAAAGCACGAAUUUCAUUGGAAACGUCAAAAGCAAACCAUUCAAACAUUACGUCAGGACAAGUACACACUUUCUUUUUGCAGGCAAAUUGGUCUCUUAUUUAUACCAGAACUCAUAUUAAGAUAUCCUUACCAGAAUUGAUGUUAUAGCCUUUACCUGAGAGCAGAAGUUAUAGAACAGUCUGAUUUUUUGGAUGGAAAUAAUGGAACCUGGGGGCGACCCGUUUGAGAAGUCCAUUAUUCAGCCUUCUAUGGAGAAAUUUGUUGAGGAGACGAAGCAGAAUCAUGAGAAGGAAGAAAUUGUAUCAUCAACCACAUUAGUGGGCAAUGGAUGCGUGGAUAUCAGAGGGAAAGUUGCAGAUAAGCAAACAACUGGAGGAUGGAAGGCAGCUCCAUUUAUAAUAGUGAAUGAGGUUGCGGAGAGAUUAGCAUUUUUUGCAAUAGCAGUGAACAUGGUGGCUUAUCUGGUUUUCGAAUACCACCAGUCGCUCCCAUCUGCUGCCACUCAUGUGACCGAUUGGAUUGGAGCUGCCUAUGUUCUAACUCUACUUGGAGCAUUUCUCGCUGAUACUUAUUUGGGUCGAUUCUUGACGAUUAUCAUCUUUUCUUGUAUAUAUGCAGUGGGUAUGGUCUUGUUGACGCUCUCAGCCUCCAUAGACAGCCUACGUCCGCCUCCAUGCACGGCCAGACCAUGCACAAAAGCAGCCGACAACCAAUCAGCUUUUCUCUUCGUUGCACUAGCUCUUAUAGCCCUUGGAACUGGCGGUAUCAAGCCAUGCGUUUCGUCCUUUGGAGCAGACCAAUUCGACGAAGCUGAUGAAAAAGAAGUCCAGAAGAAAUAUUCGUUCUUCAACUGGUUCUUCUUCGCCAUUAACAUAGGCGCCCUCUUGGGUAUCACACUUUUGGUUUAUAUACAAGACAAGAAAGGAUGGGGCUGGGGUUUUGGAGUUCCCACUGUGGCUAUGGUUUGCUCUACUGUCAUCCUAGGUGCCGGAAUACCUUACUAUCGUUACCAAAAGCCCAUGGGAAGCCCUUUUACAAGGUUUCUUCAGGUUAUCGUGGCUUCUGUGAGGAACCAUUUUAAAGGGGUUCGAUUAGGACGUGAAGCUGUCCUAUAUGAGGUCAAUACACUAGAGUCUGAUAUUUUUGGUGCUCGAAAACUUGCUCAAACCAAACAGUACAGGUUCUUGGACAUGGCAGCAGUGGUUACAGAUCCUGAGGGUAACAUUAAAAAUCGCUGGAGACUCUGCACAGUAACUCAAGUAGAAGAAUUCAAGUCCUUCGUCAGAAUACUCCCUGUAUGGGCAUCAACAAUAGCUCUUUCCAUCUCAUUUGCCCAACUCUCAACCUUCUUUAUCAGCCAAGCCACCAUCAUGGACCGAAAGCUAGGUCCCAACUUCACGAUUCCAGCAGGUUCAGUCCCUGUCUUCAGCGCCAUCAACGCGCUCCUACUCGUCCCUAUCUACGAGAAAUGGAUGGUCCCAAUCCUACGCAAACGCACCGGUCAUCACCGUGGCAUUACAUCCUUACAACGAAUGGGUGUUGGCCUAUUUGUAUCAAUCUUCGCUUUGGCCUCAGCAGCUUUGGUAGAAAAGAAACGCCGUGACCAUCCUAAACCAUCGUCCAUGAGCGUGUUUUGGCUGCUCCCGCAGUUUUUCUUAAUAGGCAGUGCGGAGGUCUUCACUUAUGUGGGACAACUGGAAUUCUUUUACGAUGAAGCGACUGAUGGGACGAGAAGCAUAAGCAGCGCAAUGUUUCUCAGUGAGAUUGGAAUAGGGAGUUGGCUAAGCACUGCAUUUGUGAAAAUCAUUGAGCGUGCAACUGGUGGGGAUCAGAAAGGAUGGCUGAGAAAUGAUCUUAACAAAAGCAGGCUGGAUUAUUUCUACUGGAUAUUGACUGCAAUCAAUGCUGUUAAUUUCUUGGAUUACUUGUGGGUGGCUUGGCGAUACAAGGGAAAAAAUGGCCUCGAGGGGAGUGCCAGGGUCAAGGCCAUGGCCGAGCCCGCUGGUUAUGACAAAGGGGAGUUUCAAAGCGUGGUGUUGUGAAAUCCAAGCAAGAAAAAUCACUUCCAUUCAUCUAUGGUUUUUACUUAAUUAUACAAAAAUUUAUGACGUGUGACUAAUUUCACUAUGCAGAUG